AUGGAGGAGAAGAGGCAAAAGAUGGAGGAGAAAAACGGCACUGCGGUGCGGGUGAACGUGUCGCUGCCGCUGCCGCGCCACCUGAGCAACUUCCAGCACGAGCACCAGGUGGUGGAGGCCCUCAUGGCCGCCGGCGUGCCGGGCAUCGUCCACCCACACAACAUCAUCUGGAACAAGGAGACGGGCGAGGUCAAGAUCACCGACUUUGGCGUGGCGUCGGUUGUGGAGCGCACCCGCGAGACCACCGGCGCCAGCAUGGGCUCGGUGCCCAUCCAAUACGUGCUCGGCUCCAUGGCCUACCUCGUCCCCGAGCUCUCCCUCCGCCACGCCAAUAGUAGUGCCAACGGGAGCGGGAGCGAGGCGAGCGCGCGGGCGGUGGACUACCGCAGCGACUUCUACUCGCUGGGCAUCACCUUCUUCGAGCUCCUCACCGGCAGCGUGCCCUUUGUCGAGCGGUCGGCGGUGCGCAUGAUGCACGCGCACAUGGCCAAGCAGGCGGCGGCCGUGCACGAGGUCGACGCGCGUGUGCCCAAGUACGUGUCGGGCGUCGUGCACCGGCUGCUGGCCAAGUCCGUGGAGACGCGCUACCAGAGCAGCCGCGGCCUCGUCGCCGAUCUCCUCCGCUGUCAGGCCAUCAUACAAAAACUAGAAAGCGUCGGCAACGACAGCGAAGACGAUGAUGCAGAGGGGGAGGAGUUCGAGGCAGGUGACGGCGAGACUGGUUACCAGGAGGCCGGCCUAACGUCUGACGAGUACGACGAACACCUGGCCACCGUUGUGGCCCACAACCUGGUCAUGCUCACCCACUGGGUCGCCGCCGCGCCCUGCAACUUCGCCCACUGGCACCGGCUCGUCGAGGCGGAGCGGAAGAGUCUGCGUCUGCGCGAGACCAACGGCGGGCGUCAGAUGGCAGCGAUGGCCGAGGUGCUGGGCAUGUACGAGGAGGUGUUUGACAUGGCCCUGGCAAACGGGUUCGUGCAGGACGCCGCCAUGGCCAAGGAGCUCUCCUGGCAGGUGAUGAACGAGAUGGCCUCCCAGUGCGCGGCGGAGUCGUUCUUUUGCUUCGCCAAGUGGGGCGCCAACCGGGCCGUGCGGCAGCGGAAAGCCGCUUCGCAUUCCAGAGAUGAUGAGUCCCAGCUCGGCAGCGGCGACCGUGGCGGCCCGGGAAACGUGAGCCUCUACACGACGACGGAGAUCGUGGCGAGCGCGCUCGAUUUCGACGCUGUGGUGCAGGCCGCGCAGCAGGGGGUUAUCCUGUUGACGGAGGAUACUGGCGCACUGUCGUCAAAAGAAAGCGAACACAGCAGCAGCAGCAGUGGCGAUAGUCAGGCACCUGGAGAGCAGUUGUUCAUUCGCGCCAAGGCCAAGAUCUCGUAUGCUCAGCGUAAGGUGCGGGUGCGGCGCCUGUUUUACGCGGGCGACAGCCCCGACCUGCCCAACUCCAUUAUCAACUUCUGCUGGCACGCCAAGACGGCGGUGGUGAUCGGCGACGUGGUGGCCGACGCGCAGUUCAAGGACGACGCCUACGUGGCCAAGCGACGGCCGCGGUCGGUGCUGUGCGCGCCGCUGUCGCUCAAGAGCAAGCACCACGGCCUCAUCGUGCUCGAGAACGACAUGAGCGCGGGCGUGUUCGGCGAUGAACGGCUCCAGCUGGUGAGCAUCCUCGCCGGCCAGCUCAUUAACUCGCUCGAGAACGCGCUGCUGGCCGACGAGCUGCGGCGCGCCAACCACCGCAUGGCGCGCAAGAACAAGCGGCUCGAGGAGAUGGACAGCGCCAAGGACGCCUUCCUCGCCGUGGCGAGCCACGAGCUUCGCACGCCACUGACGGGCAUCAGCGGCAUGGCGGGCCUCAUGGAGGACACGGCCAUGAGCGACUACCAGGCCGAGUGCCUGCGCGACAUCGAGGCCGAGUCGGAGACGCUGCUCGAGCUGGUCAACGACGUGCUCGACCUCAGCAAGCUCAAGGCUAUGAACCUGGUGUGCCUGCUCUCCCAGCCGCGGCUCAUCCCGCUUAUGGUGCUGGCCUCGCCGUCCGACACGAGCCAACGACUGCACGAGAUGAAUCAACAGUACUCCCCGCUGCAUAUACGACUAUUGGAGGAACUGCGAACACUCUUUGUAAAGGCUGGCACGGACGCCGGCAGUCAACCAGCCCGUGACAAGUAA